AUGGAAAUUUUUUGGAAGACGUGGACAUGGAUUUUGACCCUAGUCACGGUUUCAUCGGAAUUUCACAGUGACAACAGGCUUUCAUAUAGCUCUCAAGAGGAAUUCCUGUCUUACCUUGAACACUACCAGCUAACAAUCCCAAUAAGGGUUGAUCAAAAUGGAGCCUUCCUCAGCUUUACUGUGAAAAAUGCUGAACCCUCAAGAAGGAGGAGGAGCACAGACCCUUAUGACCAAGAACUGGCAGCAUCUAAAUUAUUUUUUAAACUUUCUGCUUAUGGGAAGCACUUUCAUUUAAACCUGACUCUCAACACAGAUUUGGUGUCCAGACAUUUUACAGUAGAGUACUGGGGGAAAGAUGGACCACAAUGGAAGCACGACUUUUUAGACCACUGUCAUUACACAGGAUAUUUGCAAGACCAACACAGUACGACUAAAGUGGCCUUAAGCAACUGUAAUGGUCUGCAUGGAGUCAUUGCUACAGAAGAUGAAGAGUAUUUUAUUGAGCCUUUAAGAAAUAUAACAGAAGAUUCUACUAAUUCUAAUUAUGAGAAUGGUCAUCCUCAUGUUAUAUACAAAAAAUCUACCAUGCAUCAGCAACAUCUGUAUGAUCACAGUCACUGCGGAGUCUCAGAAGACCUCACAAGAAAUGGUAAACCUUGGUGGAUGAGUGAUGCAUCUGCUUUUCCAACGCCAGUUCCAGUCAAUGACACGUUAAGUAGCCAUAGUCGGCAGAAGAGAUCAGUAAGCCUUGAACGCUUCGUGGAAACGCUGGUAGUAGCAGACAAAAUGAUGGUGGGAUAUCAUGGUCGCAAAGACAUUGAACACUACAUUUUGAGUGUAAUGAAUAUUGUUGCCAAACUUUAUCGUGAUUCCAGUCUAGGAAACGUUGUGAAUAUUAUUGUGACCCGUUUAAUUGUCCUCACUGAAGAUCAGCCAAACUUGGAGAUAAACCACCAUGCAGACAAGUCCCUCGAUAGCUUCUGUAAAUGGCAGAAAUCCAUACUCUCCCACCAAAGUGAUGGAAACACCAUUCCAGAAAAUGGGAUUGCCCACCAUGAUAAUGCGGUUCUUAUUACUAGAUACGAUAUCUGCACUUAUAAAAACAAGCCGUGUGGAACACUGGGCUUGGCCUCUGUGGCUGGAAUGUGUGAGCCUGAAAGGAGCUGCAGCAUUAAUGAAGACAUUGGCCUAGGUUCAGCUUUUACCAUUGCACAUGAGAUUGGUCACAAUUUUGGUAUGAAUCAUGAUGGAAUUGGAAAUUCCUGUGGGACCAAAGGUCAUGAAGCAGCAAAGCUAAUGGCAGCUCAUAUUACAGCAAACACCAACCCUUUCUCUUGGUCAGCCUGCAGUCGGGAUUACAUCACCAGUUUUUUAGAUUCGGGCCGUGGUACUUGCCUUGAUAAUGAGCCUCCCAAGCGUGACUUUCUUUAUCCAGCUGUGGCCCCAGGUCAGGUGUAUGAUGCUGAUGAACAGUGUCGCUUCCAGUAUGGAGCAACAUCCCGCCAAUGUAAAUAUGGGGAAGUGUGUAGAGAGCUCUGGUGCCUCAGCAAAAGUAACCGCUGUGUUACCAACAGCAUUCCAGCCGCAGAAGGUACUCUUUGCCAAACAGGGAACAUUGAAAAGGGGUGGUGUUAUCAGGGAGAGUGUGUACCUUUUGGCACUUGGCCCCAGAGCAUAGAUGGGGGUUGGGGUCCAUGGUCAAUAUGGGGAGAGUGCAGCAGGACCUGCGGGGGAGGAGUCUCCUCAUCUAUAAGACACUGUGACAGUCCAGCGCCUUCAGGUGGAGGCAAAUAUUGUCUUGGAGAAAGGAAGCGGUAUCGCUCUUGUAAUACUGAUCCAUGUCCUUCAGGGGCCCGUGAUUUUAGAGAAAAGCAGUGUGCAGAUUUUGACAAUAUGCCUUUCCGGGGAAAGUACUAUAACUGGAAACCCUACACUGGAGGUGGGGUUAAACCAUGUGCGUUGAACUGCUUGGCUGAAGGUUAUAAUUUUUACACUGAACGUGCUCCUGCAGUAAUAGAUGGGACUCAGUGCAAUGCUGAUUCAUUGGAUAUCUGUAUCAAUGGAGAAUGCAAGCAUGUAGGUUGUGAUAAUAUUUUGGGGUCUGAUGCUAAGGAAGAUAGAUGUCGUGUUUGUGGAGGAGAUGGGAGUACAUGUGAAGCCAUUGAAGGUUUCUUCAAUGAUUCGUUGCCCAGAGGAGGCUAUAUGGAAGUCGUUCACAUUCCAAGAGGUUCUGUGCACAUUGAAAUAAGAGAAGUGGCAAUGUCAAAAAACUACAUUGCUUUAAAAUCUGAAGAGGAUGACUACUAUAUUAAUGGUGCCUGGACUAUUGACUGGCCAAGGAAGUUUGAUGUUGCUGGAACAGCUUUCCAUUACAAGAGGCCAACAGAUGAACCAGAGUCUUUGGAAGCACUAGGCCCUACUUCAGAAAAUCUCAUAGUCAUGAUUCUGCUACAGGAACAAAAUUUGGGUAUAAGAUAUAAAUUCAAUGUUCCCAUCUCUCGCACUGGCAGUGGAGACAAUGAAGUUGGCUUUGCAUGGAAUCAUCUGCCUUGGUCAGAAUGUUCUGCCACUUGUGCUGGAGGUGUGCAGAAACAAGAGGUGGUGUGUAAAAGAUUGGAUGACAACUCCAUUGUACAAAACAAUUAUUGUGAUCCUGACAGUAAGCCUCCAGAAAACCAAAGAGCCUGCAACACUGAGCCUUGCCCACCUGAAUGGUUUAUAGGAGAUUGGUCAGAGUGCAGUAAGACCUGUGAUGGAGGAAUGCGUUCACGAACAGUUCUCUGUAUCAGAAAAAUUGGACCUUCUGAGGAGGAGACACUGGACAAUACCAACUGUUUAACACACUGGCCUAUUGAGAAAGAGCCCUGUAACAAUCAGUCCUGUCCCCCACAGUGGGUUGCUUUGGACUGGUCCGAAUGCACACCAAAGUGUGGCCCGGGAUUCAAACAUCGAAUUGUUCUGUGCAAAAGCAGCGAUCUUUUAAAAACUUUUCCAGCUGCACAAUGCCAAGAGGAAAGCAAACCACCAGCCCGCGUCCGCUGUAGUUUAGGCCGAUGUCCUCCUCCUCGCUGGGUUACUGGAGACUGGGGACAGUGUUCUGCACAGUGUGGUCUUGGGCAACAGAUGAGAACAGUACAGUGCCUCUCAUAUACCGGACAAGCAUCCAGCGAGUGUCCAGAAACACUUAAACCUCCAUCAAUGCAACAGUGUGAAAGUAAAUGUGAUAGUACUCCCAUUUCCAACACAGAAGAGUGCAAAGAUGUUAACAAAGUGGCAUAUUGCCCACUGGUGCUGAAGUUCAAGUUCUGCAGUCGAGCAUACUUCAGACAGAUGUGCUGCAAGACCUGCCAAGGACACUGA